AUGUUCCCAAAAACAGUUAAGUCUGAAACUAUUACACGACCUGUAUUGGCCAACCUAAAACAAAAACCUGACUUGAAGUUCAACGAAUUAAUAAAUGGCAGUAAAGUUUUAAGCUCAAUAAAUUCAAGCGUUGUUAAGUUAUCCGGAUUUGCUGAUACUUUGGACAACAGCAAUAAUCAUUUUGAACGUUAUAAGGUAGAAAACUCGGUCUCAUUAAUAUGUUCAAUGGGAUCAAAUAAAUACAAUGACUGUAAUGUUAUCAAUAUGUGGAGCAAAGAAGACAAACUCAAUGACCCUUUAAAUGUUUACUCUACAUUUAAUCUCGACGAAAUAUCUAAUAAAUCGCCUGGCAUUAUAGGAUCUCACUCAGGAUCGUCUACGUCGUCAUCUAGCCCCAGAUUCAACGACAAUUUUGGUUACAAUUUAUAUGAAGAAUUCAUUUCUGAAAUUCCUACAUAUUUAAAACAAACUGUGAAAACUAUGGAAGGAGAUGUUAUAAAAAACACUAAGACGUUUCUAAAACAACUUUGUAUUCGUGAGUGCUGUUACCAGGAAAAGGAAGAGAAUUUGGUAAAAUGCAUGAAAUCCACGAAGCAAUAUUAUACCCCUAGGAAGGUAAUCGUUCACAAUCCUAUGGAUUUUAUCAGAAUGAGCCAUGUCCAACAACAGAGUUUGUUCCAACAGUCACCAAGAUUGAGGAGAACGUUAAGUGAAAGCAGCAGUUUCCCUCCUUCGCCCGUUGUGGCCUCAUCGUCACCAGCUACCUUACAUGACAUCGCUUCUUCUCCGGAGUCGCCGUUGAGCAUUAUUGUUAGCGACACGCCACAUUAUUCUUACUAUCCUCACAGAUUGAAUUGA